AUGGACCAGUACGCCGAGAACUACUGCUGGUCACAAGAUACAUACUUUGUUGAACCUCAACAACAUGUGGAGCUACUGAAACAUGAACAAAGGUAUACUCCUGAGCGACAGCUAUCAUACUAUCAAUGGGUUCCUUUCUUCUUGUUACUACAAGCCGUCUUCUUCCGAGCACCAAGUUUCCUUUGGAAAUGCUUCUCCAAUCAUUCGGGAAUCCGUAUGCACGAAGUGGUGGAGAAAGCUAAAGAUUCGGCAAAUGUUGAAGAAGAAGUCCGUCAGAAAAACAUCGGAAUACUCGCACGGCAUUUGCAGAACGCUCUUCGGUUCAAACGAAGAAUGGAGAAGAGAAAGGUUGUCGUUCACAAGACAGUUACCUGCUUAAACUACCAGUACUCAUCUGGUUUUGUAUCAGCCGUUUAUCUUUUUACAAAGGCUUUAUAUCUUGUCAAUGCCGUUGUGCAGUUAUGGUUGAUGAACAAAUUUCUCGGCACCAACAAGUAUCAGUGGUACGGACUGGGCGUUAUGGUCGAGGACAUCAUCAGAUGGCGUUAG